AAGCCGAGCUGUCUUCGGGUAAAUUCGGAAAGUGUUCGUGUUGACUCGGAGCUUCGCUGACAUGAAGCACGAUGAGGCGUCCAGAGCCGCGGAGCUGCGCCGGUUUGUCGCCGACACUCUCUCCGCCGCCUCCCGGGAGAUCCUGGCGGCUGUCGACAGGCUCGUGGCCGAGCUGGAGGAGGAGGCUGCCGGCUUCAGGAGGCAGGUCACCCGGCAGCAGAGGCAGCUGGAGGUCCGCUCCGUUGGUGCUAAAUGCAGGAGGAGCUCCAGUCCUGCUGAGGAGAACCCGGACUUGACCUCUCCAUCCAGGUCGUCACCUCCGCAGCGUCGGAACGGAAGAAGGACGUCCGGCACGCGUCGGGACCAGGAGAAGAAGAACCACAUCCAGCUCAGGGUCCGGGUCCUGGACGACCCUCAGACCGCCGUCCUGUCCAGCAGCGUGCUGAAGAGAUGUCCGGUUCGGGAGCUGCGCUGCCGUCCGGACCUGCAGGAGGCCGACUUCGCCCUCCUGCUGAGGACCUCCUUCCCUCAGCUGGCCGCGGGAGACCGAGCCUUCGACGUGCUGACGUCGGACCGCCGGAGGAGGCUGCGGCCGCUGGAGCUGCGGCGUCUGACGCCCGGGGAAAUCCACCGGAGCGCCGGCAGCAGCUCCUGCAGGAGGUGCACCGUCCACAUCCGCCUGAAGGAGGAACCUGCAGGCGUCUGCGAUCAGCCGACCGGCAGCUCCGUCAGCGGCCCUGAAGCCGGCGAGGAAACCUGCCGACGGCUCAGUGAAUCUGUUCCUGAGGUCAAAGGUUCCGGAGCCGGGAAUUCGUCUGAGACCGAGAUGGAACCAAGUGAUGAAGUUCAGGAGACGUCUGGACCAGCUGUGACCUCUGGAACGGAGAACAACGGAACCGAUGAAGGAGAACCCAGCAGGAACCGGAGACCAGAACGGAGUGAAGACAAACCCAACAGGAGACCAGUUGGACUCCAGCUGGGACCUGCUGGACCUGUUGAUCCUGGUAGACCUGCUGGAUCUAAUGGACUGGAUGGACCUGCUGGUCCUCUGGAACCUGCUGGACCUCCAGAACCUGCUGGACCUCCAGACCCUGCUGGUCCCAGUCAGAUGGAUCUGGAGGAGGAGGUCUCUGAAGUCUCCUGUAGACUCUGCCGGUCUGUCCUCGGCUCGGAGGCGGCGCUGGUCCGACACGUGUGGAGUCUCCACGCCAGUGAAUCAGUCUGCGGCGUUUGCGGAGAACCUUCGGCGUCCGUGGAGCUGCUGAAGGAUCAUCUGCAGGACCAGCACCGAUGCAGCGGCAAGCCGCUCCCGGCGGUUCCUCACUCGGCGGCGGCGGCGCUGACGGGCGAGGAGGACCUGCAGGAGGAGCGCCACCGCUGCUACAUCUGCCACCAGGAGUUCCCGCUGAGGGAGCAGCUGAAGACCCACCGCCGCACUCACAGGAACAGGAAGUCGCAGCAGUGCGGCGUGUGCGGCAAGUCCCUGAGCGACUACCGCUCGCUGUCCCGCCACAUGAUGAUCCACUCCGAGGAGCGGCCGCACGGCUGCCGGCUCUGCGGGAAGCGCUUCAAGCUGGCCGGGACCCUGAGGCAGCACGAGAAGAUCCACACGGACCGCCGGCGCUCGCACCUCUGCCACGUCUGCUGCAAGAUGUUCCUGACCGGCCGGCAGCUGCACGACCACGUGAUGACGCACGGCGAGGAGAGGCUGCACCGCUGCGGCCGCUGCGGGAAGGCCUUCGUCAAGAAGGGCGCGCUGACGGCGCACAUGCGCGUCCACACCGGCGAGACGCCGUACCGCUGCCCGCACUGCGGCUGGGCCUUCCGGUGGAAGAACAACCUGGCGGAGCACCUGAGGGUCCACUCGGGCGUCAAGCCCUACGUGUGCGGGAUCUGCGGCAAGGCGUGCGCCCGCAAAGUCUACCUGACCGUGCACAUGAGGACGCACAGCGGCGAGCGGCCGUACAAGUGCUCCGUGUGCCAGAAGGUCUUCACCCAGGGCCACUGUCUGAAGACUCACAUGAGGAGCCACCAGGGGGCGCCGGCCGCACCCUGACCGAGCUCCUGCUGGUCACGUUCUGCCGUCAGCACCUCACUGCUCCUCACAGGAAAACAAAAUAAAAUUAAAAGCAUUUGAUCUCACGUUUAAUGGAGUUCAGUUUUCUUCCCUUCUCUUCGGCUUUAUGUUUUCUGAGAACAUUCUCCCGUUAGAGUAAAUAUCCCUGUUGGAGUCAGGAAAUAGGACCAACAGUCGUUGCCCCGCCGCUCCCCUCCUGCUAUUGUUAGGUAAACCUGUUGAGCUACUGCCGUUCUAGCAGUCUUGUACCACUAAGUGGCGCCUUGUAAGUGCAAGUUUUCCAACAGUUUUACUGAUAUUGUCGUUAAUCAGACAGCAUGAAAAGAGUAUAAUUGCAAUGAAUUUCCUUGAGCAUAUCGUCCAUCCAGAAGGCAGUGGAAAGUCUUGAUCCCUGGAACAUUUAGAACUGUUCUACACCUCCAUCAGUUUGGGCAGUUCUUAUAAAACACAAUUAAUCUUCACCAACAGUUCCAUACCAGAAUUAGUUCCAUUGCUCUUUUGCUCCUUUUCGGGCAGUUUUGGUGUUGUUUGACUGUCCUGCAAUGAUAAAGUGCAAAAUGGUUCAUUUUGCUAAUUCUUCUUCUGACUUCUUGUUUUGU